GUAUAAUCCAUCUUACCCCACGGUACUAUAUUUUUAGACAGCUUAAGUUGCAGGUACAGAGCAACGGUAAUAUGUCUAAGUCCCGGAUUAUUGUACUGACUGUAAUAGUUUCCUUACUGGGCAUUGGGCUUGGCGUUAUUAUCGGAUAUUUCGGACACCCGAACCAGAAUCUGAACAUUCCGGCUCCUGUUGUACCAACUGAAGACCCAACGAUUAGUCAACUCCUAAUGAAUGAACUUAGUGCAGAUAACAUCAAAGAAAACUUAAGAACAUUGACGCAAUCACCCCAUAUUGCUGGUCGUGAUCAAGACGACGUUGUACUGGUUGAUUUGAUUAAGCAACGUUGGUUAAAUGAUCUAGACUCCGUGGUCAUACACCCAUACAAUGUCCUACUUUCUUUACCCCAA